ACAAAAGAAAUUGCAAUUAGUCGCAAUAUCAAGUAUGCAUUAGUAAUCCACACAUUUAAUCGAAACAGCUGUUGUGUGACAACGAUAGCGUGGAAAGGGACAGUAAAAGUUAAGAUUCAACCGCAAAAUCAGACAUCGAGGAGAGAUCCAAAACAGAUCUUCGUGUGGCUUUAGUGGUUUCAAGUUGGAUGUGGGUAUCGCCCUCACAAUCAAUUCAUUGACAAUUUGCAGUACAAAGUGUAAAGAUGGUGGACGAUAAACUCACGCUGAAGCAGGCCGAGGUGUCAGUGCAGCGCUUCCAGGAGCAGGCUGUGCCCCAUCACAUGAGUCUGCUCGAGAAUCAUCGGAGCAACAUUGAGAAGAGCCUCGCUCUGGGCGAUUGGCACAAGAUCAAAAAGGAAGAGUUAAAUGCAAUGCGUGUUAUUAAACAGAUUAAAAACUUACUGCUAGAAAUGGAUGCACUGCGCGAGAAGUUGCGAGAGGAGGAUCAGGAGCGUUUCGAUAACUUGAUGAAGGCGGGCAAGGAUCGGGCUUUCGAGGGCAUGAAGAAGUUUUUAGAAUUGAAGCUAAAAACGCCCAACGUCCAGCAGGAUGACGAUCAGGAUAAUCAUUCGUUGGUGGACAUAGAUAAUGUGCCCGCUCUGCAGCAUACUCUACCGCAGUUGCAAACAAAUUUCCAGCUGGAGGAGCAUCAGCUGCUACAGAGGCAAUCCUGUCUGGAGCAAAUGGAGCAGCUGCAGCAUGAAAUCUAUAGUCUCAAUUGCAUGUUCCAUAACAUGCGAGAGCUUACGCAGGAGCAGGCAAAUAGCGUUCAGUCUAUAGCAGACAAUGCAGAGGAAGCUUUGGAGAAUGUAAUCGAGGGCGAGAAACAGCUAAGAAAUGCCUUGACCUACAGGAAGGCGAUGUAUCCGGUUGUGGGCGCUCUGCUAGGCACCUGUGUGGGUGGUCCCAUUGGCCUGGUAGCUGGCAUAAAGGCAGGUAGUCUCGCCGCCGUUGGCUGUGGCAUACUGGGAUUCACUGGCGGAUCUGUGCUGAAGAGCAAUCCGAAUGUGAUGCACGGCAACAUCGAGGAGCAGCAGGCACAACAGCUGGAGGACGGCAACGAUUCCACCGAGACUCUCGAGCUGGCCGAGAAGUCCGAAUGACCAAGAAGCAAUUCCGGGGUCUUGGCAACUACGACCAUGUGGACAGGCAACAGGCUCCGUCUGGAGGCAGCCACCACAGGCGUCAUAUGCAGUGUGCGCAGCUAUUGUAACAUACAGUGAGGGCGUAGCUAAAAAGUGGAAGGAUGAAAGUCCUUGAAUUUGUUUGUGAGGCAGCAGAAGCAGAAAGACAACUGAGAAGUUACUGUGCAAUUUCUAUUUGGUUUAAGUUUAGAAAACGUUUAGAUCUAUUUGAAUCUCGCUCUGAGAUCUUUAUUAAGAGAGAAUCAGCAUUUCCAAAUUAUUUGAUUCAUUUCGGUAAACCGAGAUGAAUAUUACACUAAGGAAAAAUUUUUGUACUGAAGAAGAAAUUCGUAUUAUUUCUUCUUCAAUGAAUGUUCCCAUUUGGUAGAGUCAUUAAUGUAAGAUCUUGAACGAAAGAAGCAGGUUCUUCGAUGUGCUCUUCUUCAAUCCAUUGUCUUAGCUAGUUAAGGAGAUGCAGGAAAGUCUGCUGAUGAUAAUCGAUAUGUUCUCCCAUCUUCUGAUUCUCUGUACUCUUCUCUUGUUUAAGAUGAACAGAAGCUACCAGGCGAAACAACCUUUUAAAGAGAAUACUACAAGGUCGCAAAAUAUUCUGUGCGAUUUAUGAAUCCCCAGUUUUGUUU